UUGCACCAGGCGGACAAUGCACCAGGCUGGCCAACGUCCCUGGCCUUCUGCAGCUGUGAACGGCUCAGGGCAGGAGCCCCAAAGGCAACUCCCAGAGGUGCCGGGUGGGACCUGGGAACCACCAAGAGGGGAUGGGCUACCCCUGCUCACCAUCAUUGUUGCCGCUUUUGUCCUGCUGGCUGUCUGUAUCGUGGUGGCAGUCCACGUUGGGCCAAGACUACACCAGGGCCGUGCCACUCUCCCCGCAGAGCCACCAGCCCCAAAGCCGGAAGGCGGCAUCUACCUCAUCCAAUGGCGAGUGCUGGGCCCCCAGGAUGCUCAUGGAGACACCUGGCAGGAACCUCCUGUCCCUGGCUCCUGCCCCGUGCCAGAUGGGCCUAGGCUCAGCGUUGAUGAAGUCACAUGUCUAUAGGAGGGACACUUUGAAAAGUUGGACUGACCUGGCUCACAACAAGAAACUGGACAGAGAAUUAGGGCAAAAGCAACUUGGGGUCUGGACAUCAGA